AUGGUGAAAACGCGAAUCGCGUGCUACUUCGACAUCCCCGGCCCGGACAACAAGCCGCACGGCGCCAACUUCGUCGACGUGCGCGAAUUCGCGCCACCUCGCCGCCGCGCUUCUUCGCUCGACGCGCGAUCGACGUGCGUUUCCCCCGAAGUCCCGCGUCCGCCCACCUCCUCCCGCGACCGACGACCACCCACCCCCCCACUCCCACCCCCACCCCAUCGAUCCGUCCGCGAUCCGUCGCAGGUGGACAUGCGCGAGACGGACAGCAAGAACGAGCUCAAGAAGCGCGUGGCGAGAAAGGUCGGGAUCCCGUUCUACCGCCUCAAGAUGCGCCUCGGCCCGUUCAACGACGUGAUGAUGUUCGACAAGGAAAGUUAUCCCACGCUGAAAGUGGGCAGCUGCGCGGUGUCCGUCGCGUGCGUGGACGAGAGGCUCUCGGGCGAUCAGAACACCGCGUGUAAUUACUUCGGAGCCGCGGAUCACGAGCUCCCGGAGUUCCAGGACGGCACGAAGAAGUUCGAGCCGCACCCGUUCGCCAACUGGCAUCAGACGUGGGACGACGUCGAAAAGUUUGGCGCCACCGGGUAG